UGAUUGACUCCCUUCUGCGUAUGUUCACAGUUUAUGCAUCCGUAACCUAACCUAACGAACCUCUUCCGCGUUCUCUUUUUCAACGUUUGUCUCACCGGAAGUCGUGAGAAGAUUCGAUAAUUACAAAAAUGGUGGCCCAGAAGAAGCAGAAAAAGGCUCAGGAGAGCAUUAAUACCAGAUUAGCGCUUGUCAUGAAAUCUGGUAAAUACGUCCUUGGUUAUAAGCAGACUUUGAAGUCCCUCCGUCAAGGCAAAGCCAAAUUGGUCAUCAUUGCUAGUAAUACACCGCCGCUGAGGAAAUCAGAGAUUGAAUACUACGCGAUGUUGGCGAAGACUGGCGUGCAUCAUUACACAGGAAAUAAUAUCGAGUUAGGUACAGCCUGUGGCAAAUAUUUUCGUGUCUGCACACUUUCAAUCACAGAUCCUGGCAACUCCGACAUUAUAAAGUCGAUGCCGACUGGUGAUCAAGCGUAAUGUAUAUUUUUUAUCUAAUAAAUAAUACGAGAAAAUCGUGAAAAA